GUUCCAUGUCUCGUCCUCAUCACACUGUCAGAUUUUCGUUUAAUAAGAAAAAUAUUAUUAUUAUUAUUAUUAAACGAUUGAACAUGACAGAAGAACUUGAGCAAAUGACUUGUGUCGAAUUUUGCCAAAAGCUCGGUGACACUUGGACGGAAACCAUUCGCAAGAUUCAGCAGGCUUUUGGCGAUGAUGCCAUGAGCAUAACACAAAUGAAUGAGUGGUAUAACCGCUUCAACAGCGGGCGGUGACAAGACGCCCACAGGCUCAAAGGAGGCUGCUGCCAAACGGGACUAGGACUUCACAGCCCCAGAACUGACUGCUGGAAGACAAAUGUCUGCUGGAGAAAUGACUAAGGACAAUAUGAGUUCUUCACAAAAGAAACCACGCAAAGCAAACGGACACAGAUCUGAGUGCUGUCGGCAGAAUGACAAAACUGUUACAACACCAACAAAUAAAAAGAAACCAUACAGCUGCAGCCAGUGCGGGAGAGCAUUUAGGCAGCCAUCCAACCUUAAAACACACCAACUCACCCACAGUGGAGAUCAACCGCAUGCCUGUGACAAAUGUGGGAAAGCUUUCAACCGCCUAGACAGUCUUAAAAGGCACCAACUCAUCCACAGUGUGGAGAAACUGUACAGUUGUGACCAGUGUGGGAGAGCUUUUAGACAGUCCUCUCGUCUAAUAAAACACCAGCUCAUCCAUAAUGGAGAUCCACCACAUGCCUGUGACAAAUGUGGGAGAGCUUUCAGCCGGUCAGACAGUCUGAAAAGGCACCAACUCAUCCACAAUGUGGAGAAACUGUACAGUUGUGACCAGUGUGCGAGAGCUUUUAGACAGUCAUCUCUUCUAAUAAAACACCAACUCAACCACACUCAAGAGAAACCAUACAUUUGUGACCAAUGUGGGACAGCUUUCCAUCAACAGCUAAGUCUGAAAAAGCACCAACUCAUCCACAGUGAAGAGAAACCACACACUUGUGAUCAGUGUGGGAAAGCCUUCUAUAUGUUGUCUUCCUUAAGAAGACACCGGCUCAUCCACAGAGAGGAGAAGACCUACACUUGUGAGCAGUGCGGCAGAGCAUUCUACCUGUUGGCCUACUUAAAAAAACAUCAACUCAUCCAUGGUGGACAUAAACCGUUCACCUGUGACCAGUGUGGGAGAGCUUUCAGUCGUGGCGAAAAUCUAAAAAAGCACCUCCUCAUCCACAGUGGGGAUAAACCUUUCACCUGUGACCAGUGUGGGGUUUGUUUCCGCCAUUCAGGUACAUAUAAGAAUCACCAGCGUAUCCACAGUGGAGACGCAGUGUACGCCUGUGACCAGUGUGGGAAGAGGUUCUGUUUUUUGGCUUCACUGAAGUAUCACCAGAGUAUCCACACCGGGGAGAAACCACACCAGUGUCAGCACUGUGCCAAAAGUUUCAUUUUAUCAUCCAGUCUCUCCAAACAUGAGCGCACCCACACUGGGAAGAAACAGUACUGGUGUGGGCAAUGUAAAAGAAGCUUCUCCAGUUUAGAUCACUGGAAGACACAAGAAACAUCUAAGCUGUGGAAGAAAUGCUCAUCUCGCUACAUGGUCAAACUGGAGUGGUAGAACGUUUGAUUUUGUCGGUGUUUCUGAUGUCACUGGGACUGCUUUAUUUUUCUGCUUUCAGGUGGCUGCAAAAGUGACUAAUUGCAGUUGUUCCUGUCUUGCUGCAAUGAACCUUCAUCACGUGCACGUGCUAUACUUUUGUGAUUUCAGAAACAAAUAUUUUGAAGGUUGGGGAAAGGGUGGAUGGGUUACUGAGAUUUGAACAAAUCCACUGUUGAUUAUUACUUGUAUACUGUUACUGUUUCUCUGCAGCCACUGUUGAUUUUUGUGGGGAACUCUAGUAUGCGAUUAUCCAUAUAAAUCAGCCAGAAGUUGUAGACAUUUUUCAGUGAUAUGGUAAAUGGACUGCAUUUAUAUAGCGCUUUUCCAUCUGCAUCAGGUGCUCAAAGCGCUUUACAAUUAUGCCUCACAUUCACCCAUUCACACAGACACACUCAUACACCGAUGUCAGGCUGCUGCCAUGCAAGGUGCUCACUACACACCAGGAGCAACUCUGGGAUUAAGGACCUCUCCCAAGGGUCCUUAGUGAAUUUCCAGUCUGGUUGGGGUUUGAACCAAGGAUCCUCCGGUCUGAAGCCCAGCGCUAAUCCACUAGACUAUCACCUCCCUUAUGAUAUGUCAGAGUGUUUGAAGUGGCUCUGUUGUAAAAAUCUUCACUGAGAGAUGGUCCAAAAGCUCAUUUGAUGAGGAAAGGUUGCAUAUGAUUAAAUGGCCUGAGGACUUUGUAAGUUGUAUAGUGUUGAAAGAAAAAUGACCGAUGGUUGCAUGGAUGGAGCCUGAUUCUAUAUCCUCUGCCCAGGCCACUACUUGUUUCUGCUGGUUCGGAACAAAGAAUUAUUAUAGUGGGUUUUUUUUUUUUAAAUAGUUUUGUGUGAUUUUGUGAUUUCUUUUGGAUCUGAUUUUGCAAAAUCAGUAACAGCAGCUUGUCAUGGUCUGGCUCAGUGGUUAGUGCUGCUGUUUUGUAGUAACAAGGUUGUGAGUUCGGUCCCAGCAUCACCCCCUUGAAGUUAAGUGUUGGUGAUUUCUGUAUCUAUUUUAAAUUAUUUCAUUUCUUUAUUUGAGCAAGUUAAAAACAUUUAUACAUCAGGCACAUUCGUCUUUUAGAGUCCGUACAUUGCUCAAAGGGAGUAGGAUGAAGUAAGACUUAUAUUUUCUACCCCCUUUCACAUGUACUGUUUUCGGCUGUGCAGCCAAGAAUAAAUAAAAAAUUUGUGAUCAUGCAUACCUAUAUAAACACACACCUAUCCAUAUACAUAUCAACAUAUAUUUGCAUAAAUACAUUACCUCUAUACACAAAUACCUUUACAUACACCAAUACACACUAGAUUCAAUAUGACUUGAUAAUAUAACAGUUUUAACCCACAUACUUGCACCCAUGGGCACCCAUGUCCAUGCAUGCAUGCACAUUUCCCUGUAUUCAAUAUGACUUGACAAUAUGACAGUUUUGAUUCACAUGCAUGCACCCAUGGGCAACCUGUGUCCACGUGUGCAUGCGCGUUUCCCUGUUUUCGACUAGACUUGAUAAUAUAAUAAUUUUUAUCCACCUACAUGCACACAUGGGCAACCCAUGUCCAUGCGCGCAUGCACGUUUCCCAUAACAGUUUUUUUUUCCCCACAUACAACCCCUGGCAAAAAUUAUGGAAUCACCGG